ACUAGUUAGAGUAGAUCUUUCAACUUGUUAGGCUCAAUUAUUCAUUUUAUUAUCAAUAUUUUUCAUUCUUAAAGUGCUUUCCCUACGUUUUAUUGUAAAAAGUAAAAUUUACUUGUAUUUUUUUUUUGAACAACAUGUAAGAGUGGAUCGACCCGCCCGCCUCGUACCCGCGCGGGUUUUACCCGUCCCGUAGUAGUGUGGGGUGGGACAUGGGAAUUGAGGUACCCGCCCCACCCCACCCAUUGCCAUUACUAUGGAUUAGGACAUGUAACUCACACUUCCUCUUCCACCAAGAUUUAUUAAUUGCUAAAAAAGUAACACUCGCCAUUAAAAUCCCCAACAAAUUAUAAUUAUUUAUCCCCAAAAAUAUAUUUUUCCUAAUAAUUUGUGUAACUUGUUUGUUUGUUUUAUUCUUAUAAAUUAUUCGUGACCCUAACUCGAAGGAAGAGGAGAGUUUGAUAAGAAUGCCAGAAUCAGUUGACCAGAUUUAACCUAAUUGGCCAACACGACGACAACAACAACAACAACCAACUCGGGCCAGCCACUCAGUGAAGAAGAAAAGUCCGCACUUAUUCCUCCUCCUUCCUUCUUUACUUCCUCCGGCGUCCAUAUUUACUCCUUCUCUUUUGCCGGCUACCAAGUCAAGGCGCCUCUCCCUCUCUCUACAAACGAAUUUAAAUUCCAUCAAUUAAAUUUUCAAAAACUGAUUUAUUUUCUUCCCUCCGGUCACCUCACGCCAGCGCCUCGCUAUUUAUUGACAUAUCAGUUCUCUCCUUUAGUUUUUUUUCUGUGAAUAGAAACGCUAGCACGUUGCUGCCUUGUCUACAUUCUUCUUUCUUUGGCGGAGAGAAGAGAAGAAGGAGAUCAAUCGGAGCUGAGAUCGACUGAUAAAAAAAAAUGUCUCAGUCUCAGAUGAAGUACCUGAUCGAGGUUGAGAAAGGCCAGCCUGCCAAGGACGGGACGCCGUCGAUCGGCCCAGCUUACCGCAGUAUUUUUGCCAAGGAUGGAUAUCCUCCUCCGAUUCCCGGAUUGAACAGCUGCUGGGACGUUUUCCGCAUGAGCGUGGAGAAGUAUCCCAACAACCCUAUGCUUGGCCGCCGGGAGAUUGUGGACGGCAAGGCCGGAAAGUAUGUGUGGCAGACGUACAAGCAAAUCUACGACAUAGUAAUCAAAGUUGGAAAUGCGAUUCGCAGCUGCGGUGUUGAACCGGGAGCAAAAUGUGGAAUUUAUGGCGCCAACAGCUCAGAAUGGAUUAUCAGCAUGGAGGCUUGCAAUGCUCAUGGACUGUACUGUGUUCCAUUGUACGACACUUUAGGUGCUGGUGCCAUCGAGUACAUUUUAUGCCAUUCAGAGAUUUCUAUUGCUUUUACAGAAGAGAAAAAGAUUCCUGAGCUAUUGAAAACGUUUCCUAAUGCGACACAACAUUUGAAAACAAUUGUAAGCUUUGGUAAGGUUACUUCUGAGCAGAGGGAGGAGAUUGAAAAGUAUGGCUUGUCAGUCUAUUCUUGGGAAGAAUUUGUCAAGCUGGGGGAGAAUAAAGAGUACGACUUUCCAGAGAAGAAGAAAAGUGAUAUAUGUACAAUUAUGUAUACUAGUGGAACAACUGGUGAUCCAAAGGGAGUUAUGAUCUCUAAUCUCAACAUCAUUACUCUUAUAGCUGGGGUCAAACGAGUGCUAGAAUGUGUGGAUGAAAAGCUGACCUCAAAGGACGUUUAUCUUUCAUACCUUCCCCUUGCUCAUAUCUUUGAUCGUGUGAUUGAGGAAUUAUUUAUUUUUCAUGGGGCCUCCAUAGGAUUCUGGCGAGGGGAUGUCAAACUAUUGGUUGAAGACAUUGGGGAGCUAAAACCAUCCAUCUUCUGUGCCGUUCCCCGUGUGCUUGACAGAAUAUAUGGAGGCUUAACUCAGAAGAUCUCUGCUGGGGGCUUCUUGAAGAAGACGCUGUUCAAUUUUGCGUACUCCCACAAACUGAGUAAUUUGAAAGGCGGGAGUAAGACAGACGAGGCAUCUCCACUCAGUGACAAGCUCGUCUUCAGCAAGGUAAAGCAAGGGUUGGGAGGAAAUGUACGGCUAAUCCUAUCUGGAGCAGCACCACUGGCCAGCCAUGUCGAAGCUUACCUUCGAGUCGUCACAUGUGCCCAUGUUCUACAAGGAUACGGUCUCACGGAGAGCUGUGCUGGAAGUUUCGUGUCAUUGCCAAAUGACAUGUCGAUGCUCGGCACUGUAGGUCCUCCAGUGCCAAAUGUUGAUGUCCGCCUUGAAUCGGUUCCGGAAAUGAACUACGAUGCUCUCUCCAGCACUCCUCGUGGUGAAAUCUGCAUCCGCGGCGACACCCUGUUCUCCGGCUACUACAAACGUGAUGAUCUCACUGAGGAAGUCUUGAUUGGUGGAUGGUUCCACACUGGCGAUGUUGGGGAAUGGCAACCCGACGGAAGCAUGAAAAUCAUCGACCGGAAGAAGAAUAUCUUCAAGCUCUCACAGGGAGAGUACGUUGCCGUGGAGCACCUGGAGAACAUCUACGGUGGAACACCUGGAAUCGAUUCGAUUUGGGUUUACGGGAACAGCUUCGAAUCCUACCUUGUUGGAGUGGUGAAUCCGAACAAGCUAGCGCUUGAGAAAUGGGCUGAAGAGAAUGGUAUCAGCGGGGACUUCAACUCCCUCUGCGAGAACCCAAAGGCCAAAGAACACGUACUCCAAGACCUCUCCAAGAUUGGGAAAGAGAAGAAGUUGAAAGGAUUCGAGUUCCUGAAAGGUGUGCACCUUGAUCCGGAACCUUUCGACAUGGAUCGCGAUCUCCUAACUCCAACGUACAAGAAGAAGAGACCCCAGCUCCUCAAGUAUUACCAGAAUGUUAUCGACGAAAUGUACAAGAACAUCAACCGCAAGUGAAACAAGCCACAACAGAGGGACAAGAAGGAUUUAGCUAGCUGUUUGGCUGAACUCUACAACGUUCUCUGAUUGUUGUAACUCUUGUGUGUUUAUGUUAAAGCCUUAUCCUUUUCGGUAGUUUCCUUGUGAUUGUGUACAUAGUUGAUUUUCUAAACUCUUUCUCUACUUAAAUUAUUAAUCUGUGCACCAUCACAUUAAGUCUUAAUUAUUUUUUUCGAAUAUGCAAUAAGACUAAAUUAUUUUGUACUUUCGUCAAAGGAAACAGAGUCUACAUUCAUAAGUUAUACCGAGAUUUGUUUUCAAUAAUCAACAUAAUUCUUGUAUAGAAACUUGUAAGAUCACACAACAUUAUCAGCAUAGAUCACACAAUGGAAACAAACUACAAAUUGAAACCUCCCUUCUAUACAUCCAUCUCCGUCCAAUUUCCAGUUUUCUACGUACUCGAACGUAAUAAAAAUAAAAUAGUGUGCCAAGAAAAACUUUAAACUAUC